CUGUGACAACUUGCCUACCUCCCCCACUUCACACAUGCAAUCUCUCUCUCUCUCUCUCUCUCUCUCUCCCUCUCUCUCCAAUCGAAAAUGAGCAUACAUUGAGGAAAGUAAUCGUGAACUGCGUCAAGACCCACUAGUUAUUGCUUAGAAAAAAGAAAAAGGGAAGAAAAACUACAGUGAUUCAGUUUUAAAUCUGGGCAUGGGUUCUGUGAAUAACCAAAAUCCUUGGUCUCCAUUUGAGACUUACAAAGACUGUUCACAAGGAACUUGUAGCGUAUAUUGCCCACAAUGGUGCUAUAUCAUUUUCCCUCCUCCACCUCCUUCGGGUCUUGCUGAUGAUGAUCACGAUGAUCCCUCAAUUUUCCAGUUCUCCCCACUCAUCGUUGCCGUCAUCGGCAUCUUAGCAAGCGCCUUUAUCUUGGUAUGUUACUACACAAUCAUCUCCAAAUACUGUCGUCGAAGAGGCAGUGGUGACACAAGCAUGGAACUAAACGACAGUCGGGAUCCUGGGAAUAAUGAAUCAUUGCAAGCUUCUUCUGCAGGACUGGAUGAGUCGAUUGUCAAGUCAAUCACAGUUUACAGGUACAAGAAAGUUGAGGGGUUAGUUGAAGGCACAGAUUGCUCGGUUUGUCUCAGUGAGUUUCAAGAAAAUGAGAGCCUAAGGCUGUUGCCAAAGUGUAACCAUGCUUUUCAUCUCCCUUGCAUUGACAUUUGGUUGAAAUCUCACUCGAGUUGUCCUCUAUGCCGCUCCAAUAUUUCCUCCAUUAAUCCUUUGCCUCCACAAAUACCAGAUCCUCCCCAGGAGACUCAACCCGCCAAUCGUAUAUCUGCUCUCCAACAUCUGCAUGGGAAUGAUACAAUUAUAGCGAUACAAGAUGUAGAAAGAGAUGCACAAGAUGAGGCUGUUGAUAGCCUUGUAAGUGACAUCAUUCCGAAAACUACUUCAACUCAAGCUCUUGGGGAUCGAAACUCUUCUGGAGAAAGAGAUAACACUCUUGAAAUUAGACAAGAUGGGACGUUUCAGCCAUUCAGCAGGUCUCAUUCUAUGCAUUAUUCUUCAGGUCAAGGCCAAAUACACGCAAGGGAAGACGAUGUUGAAUCCUCAAGAUCAGGAGUUGAUCAUGAUCAGGAAAAUCGUUGCAAUACAAAUAACAUGAGCAGCGGAGAUUCCGGUUUUGACAAGAGUCCUCCGAGAAUGAAGAGAUCGAUUUCCACAGGGAGAUUUAUGUUUGCGAGGUAUAGCAAAGGAAAUAAUUCUGUCUUUCCAAAUUGAUGUAUAUUUUUUUUAACAGAUGUAUAAUAGCGUUCACAAUUACUUUGGUCAUGUAAUAUUGAUAUCUCAGUUAUGGAA